CGUUUUACUCUUUUUUUACAUUUCGAUUUAUUCCUCUUUUUAUAACUAUUUACCUUAUAUAAAUUAUCCUGUACGUGCCGUAUUACCAUAUAUUUUUCUUUCAUUCGCAAACAAAUCAGGAAGCUGGACAAUUUAAACACAUGAGCGAAUCAAAACACCUGGGUGUGACGCCUCCAAUCAGUGUAAACAAGUCGAGCAAGGAGGAAGAAGCGUUAACAGUUGAGCUCUUAGAAACCCUCAAGCGCGAGGGCCAGUUUGACAGUGAUGCAGAGAGCAAGAACCGCGAAGUCGUCCUGGGAAAAAUAAACAACCUUGUGAAGGAAUUUGUAUACCUGGCAUCACUCAAGCAUAAGCUCUCUGAGAAUAUCGCGCGCUCGUGCGGCGGCAAAAUUUUUGCGUUCGGAUCUUUUCGACUGGGCGUGCACGGCGCUGGAGCCGAUAUUGAUAUUUUGUGCGUAGCGCCAUCGCAUGUGACACGCGAUGAUUUCUUUCACAUAAUGGUGGAUCUGCUGAAUAGCCGCAGUGAGGUUACCGAGAUGACCCCGGUGCCGGAAACACACGUUCCGGUCAUCAAAAUGCAGUUUGGCGGUGUAGACAUUGAUUUGACUUUUGCCUCGCUGCAGCAACCGACAAUUCCUGAGGAUCAGGACCUGCUGAACAUCAACGUUCUGCGCGGCCUCGACGAGAAGGCCAUUCGAAGUGUCAACGGCUCCAGGGUGACCGACGAGAUCCUGAGGCUAGUGCCCGAUGUUGUCAGCUUCCGACUGGCGCUGCGCUGCAUCAAGCUAUGGGCGAAGCGUCGGGCAAUCUACUCCAACUCUAUGGGCUUCCUGGGUGGUGUCGCCUGGGCCAUGCUUGUUGCGCGCAUCUGCCAGUUGUACCCCAACGCCUGUGCGGCAACCAUUGUGUCGCGCUUUUUCUAUGUGUUCCUUGCUUGGAGAUGGCCCUUGCCCAUAUUUCUUAAGCACGUUGAGAACGCCAACAUGCACCUGCGCGUGUGGAACCCCAAGCUUUACCCAGCGGAGAAGCUGCACAAGAUGCCCAUCAUCACGCCGGCGUACCCAUCCAUGUGCGCUACUCACAAUGUGUCUACGUCGACGAAGCGGAUCAUCGGGUCCGAGUUUAAGCGCGGCUACGAGAUCUCCCAGCGCAUCAUGAAGGGACAGGCCGAGUGGACCGCCCUGUUUGCAAAGCAUGAUUUCUUCCGCCAAUACAAGUUCUACUUGCAGCUGAAUGUCACAUCGACCAAAGAAGAAGCGCACCACCGCUUGCGCGGCUUCAUUGAGUCCCGCGUGCGCCAAUACUUGGUUAGGCUUGAGGAGGUGAAUCUGAUUGAGCUGGUGCACCCUUUCACUAAGGGAUAUGACCAUGAAUUUGUUUGCGCCUCCGACCAGGAGCUGCAAAGAAUCCGUGACGGCAAUAUCCCCAACCAGUCAUCAACACCGGUGGCACCUGGGACACCAGCAGCCGACGAGCAGAAAACAAGCGCAGACGAUUGCGGCGACAAUGGUGGAUCCGGUCCUCCUGCGGAUGCUGCCGACAAUGAAGGUAAGCCCCAGGACGAAAAGAAGAUAUUUACGUCAAGCUUUUACCUGGGGUUGCUCCUGAAGGAGAAGGACCAGUUCACUAGCGGCGCGCGGCGCAUGGACCUGUCCUGGCACACACAGGAGUUCAUCAAGCUGGUCAAGGGCAACGAAGUUUGGGUUGAUGACCUCAUGUCCAUAUCUGUUCGAUUCCUGCGUCAGGCCCAGCUCCCCGACGAGGUCUUUGAGGGCCAGCCACGCGCGCGCCUGCAUGAUCCUAACAAAAAGAAAUCGAAAAACAAAGAGAAGCGCUCGAUUGAUAAUGCAAACGAUAGCAAGCUGGCGAAGAAGGCCAAGGUGGCCAAUGCGCAUGUGCCAUCCACCAGCGGGGUUGUCGUGGAGACGCCCGUGAAUCGAAAUGAUAAAUCCGAGAGUGCAAGUGAUGGCGGUUCUAGUAAUGCGGGUGGCACGGGGGCUGUUGUUGCAGCGGAUCCUAGGGCCGAGUCUGUUACAAUUGCUGCGCCAGUUCCCAUGUCUAACAAAUCUGGUGCUAUCAAGCUUAAGCUGCUAUAAGGGCUUCACUUUAUUAUUUAUAUAUACCUUUUUAAGAAUAAUAGUCGACAGUUUACAUAGACUAAUACAAAAUAACUAACUGAAAC